AUGGGCAGUUUGGUGGGGCAUGUAGCACCUGGGUUUGGUUUCUUUGUCAUUGGGCUAUGGCACCUCCUUAACCACAUCAAACUCCAUGCUCUCCAACCAAAAUCCUACACAUCUUUGCCAUGGUUUCCAACUUCCAAAAUAAGGUACUUGGAGCUGUUCCUCAUCAUCGGAGGUUGCUCCAUAUCCAUUUCCAUGGAGCUUUUUAUCGGACCCGAACGUCACCAACCCUUUGACCCCGAUGGCACCAUUCCCUCAAACCAUCUCCACAAUUUCGAACACUCUAACAUAUCAAUGACUUUCUUUGUUUACGCAGUUUUUUCUAUCCUCCUAGAUAGAAUUGGGCCCCCAGCCCAAUAUGGCCUAACCCAAUUGGUUGGAGCUAUUGCUUUUAGCCAACAACUUCUUCUCUUUCACCUCCACUCUGCUGAUCACAUGGGGAUUGAAGGCCAAUACCACUGGCUUCUUCAAACUGUCAUACUUGUCUCUCUCAUCACCUCCCUCAUGGGUAUUGGCUACCCAAAAAGUUUCUUAAUUAGCUUUGUGAGGUCUCUAAGUAUUUUGUUCCAAGGUGUUUGGCUCAUAGCUAUGGGCUUCAUGCUUUGGACCUCAGAACUGAUACCCAAAGGUUGCUUUAUUAACAUAGAAGAAGGUCACCAAGUUGUGAGAUGCCAUAGCCAUGAAGCGCUCGAGCGGGCUAAAUCAUUAGUGAACAUUCAAUUUAGCUGGUACUUAAUCGGAGUAACUAUUUUUGGGUUAUCUCUUUAUUUGAUCAUGCAUAAAUUUUACGACCAAAAAAUUGGAUAUCAUGAAUCACUGACAAAGUAUGAAGAGCAAGAAGAGGAAGAGGAUGAUGUUGAGGCACAGCAGAAGAGCAAAUUUGGUGAGUCUCAGAGUUUUAUUCAUAUGGGAAAAGUGUUUGCACCUAUGGAUAUAGAAAGGUAG